AUGGGCGAGAAGGAGCGCGAGCUGGAGGCCGUCCGCCGUGCUGAGGAGGAAGCCCGCAGCGGGACCCCCGGGAGAGAUAUUGGCAUUGGGGGAUCGUUCCGCCGCGGAGGCGGGUUCGGGCCUAGCACUGGGUCCGGGAUGCAUGUGCAGAUGCCGGUGGCGGAGGAGGCCAAGGCGGCGCUGAGUGAGAUGCAGGAGGGGUCGCUGGUGCAGUUGGCUAUUGAUAUUCCCAAGGAGACGUUCACGCUGGCGGCGGCGGAAUCCGGCGUCGACGCCGCCGCCGUCGGCGACCGUAUCUCGCCCUCCUCGCCCCGCUACACCUUCUACCACUAUCCCGGCUCCGAGGUGGUCAUCUUCGUCUACACGUGUCCGUCGGGGGCGUCGAUCAAGGAGCGCAUGCUGUACGCGAGCUCCCGCAUGUCGGCGCUCGAGCUGGCCCAGGCCCAAGGUCUCAAGGUGUCCAAGAAGAUCGAGGCGUCCGGGCCCGACGAGAUCACUGGCGAGAGAUUGCAGGAGGAGGUCGAUCCGCCGCAGGACAACGGAAUGAGACGUGGAUUCGCCAGACCCCGCCGGCCGGGCCGGUAG